CCCCUGGUCAACGCACCGCCACCGCUAUUCGAAAGGGACCGCGCUAGAUUAUGAGAGUGUUUGCGAGGGCACGCAAGAUCAGGUCUCUUAGGAAGAGCGCUCCAGGAGACUGAAGCGAACCGGGAGCUAAAGAUGCCAAUUAGACUGGAAUACAGAAACUAGCCCACACGUCUGCUCAAAAUGAUACUGCAAGCAAUCAUCCUGAUCCUGUCCGCGAGGAUAUGCCACAGCAAUCCCGAUGCAAAGAGACUGUACGACGAUCUGCUAUCGAAUUACAAUCGACUGAUUCGCCCCGUUUCCAAUAACAACGACACGGUAGUUGUUAAGCUUGGACUCCGUCUAUCUCAGCUCAUAGAUCUCAAUUUAAAGGAUCAAAUUCUCACGACGAACGUUUGGCUCGAACACGAAUGGCAGGAUCAUAAGUUUCAGUGGGAUCCAGCGGAAUACGGAGGUGUCACCGAACUCUAUGUACCCAGCGAGCACAUAUGGCUUCCUGACAUUGUACUUUACAACAAUGCUGACGGAGAAUAUGGAGUGACUACGAUGACUAAGGCCAUUUUACAUUAUACCGGGAAGGUUUUGUGGACACCUCCGGCGAUUUUUAAAUCUUCAUGCGAAAUAGACGUUCGAUACUUCCCAUUUGAUCAACAGACCUGCUUCAUGAAAUUCGGUUCGUGGACCUACGACGGUAUCCAGAUCGACUUGAAACAUAUUAAUCAAAACACAGGAGACAAAGUCGAAGUGGGGAUUGAUCUUCGCGAGUAUUAUCCUAGCGUAGAAUGGGACAUCCUAGGGGUUCCAGCGGAGAGACACAAGAAAUACUAUCCCUGUUGCGACGAACCUUACCCAGACAUCUUCUUCAACAUCACGCUACGUCGAAAAACCUUAUUCUACACGGUGAACCUAAUCGUACCAUGCGUAAGCAUCUCCUACCUGUCUGUGCUGGCUUUCUACCUGCCAGCUGACUCCGGAGAGAAGAUCGCCCUCUGCAUCAACAUUCUACUAUCACAGACCAUGUUUUUCUUACUAAUAUCCGAAAUUAUACCAUCGACGUCGUUAGCGCUACCAUUGCUCGGCAAGUACUUGCUUUUCACGAUGAUCCUGGUAGGUCUCUCGGUAGUGAUAACGAUCAUUAUACUGAACGUUCACUAUCGCAAACCGAGUACUCACAAAAUGGCGCCGUGGGUCAGAAAGAUUUUCAUAAGAAGAUUACCGAAAUUACUUCUGAUGAGGGUACCUGAUGAUCUCCUAAACGAUCUCGCCGCCCACAAGAUACACGGUAGAGGAAGAUCCGGUAAGAAGAGCAAGUUCAACGCUGCUGUAGCUGCUGCUGUCCACUCCUCUUCCAUAGUGUCUUCCCCGGAUUCAGCUCGUCAUCAACGAAUUGGCGGAUGUAACGGUCUGCACACUACGACUGCGCAUAAUAGAUUCUUAGGAGGCAUCGGUGGGUACAACGGACUUCCUACGGUGAUGUCUGGCCUGGACGAGUCCUUAAGCGACGUAACACCUAAGAAAAAGUAUCCCUUCGAGCUGGAGAAGGCUUUACACAAUGUGAUGUUCAUUCAACAUCAUAUACAGAGGCAGGACGAGUUUAACGCUGAAGAUCAAGAUUGGGGAUUCGUGGCUAUGGUUCUCGACAGACUGUUCCUAUGGAUCUUCACAAUAGCUUCGAUCGUCGGUACCUUUGUCAUUCUCUGUGAAGCUCCGGCGCUACGUGAUAACACGAAACCAAUCGACAUGGAGUACUCUUCCGUGGCGCAGCAGCAAUUUCUUCCUCACGGUGACUUGCUAGAGACACUCGUGUAG